UCGGAGAAGGCAGCCCUUCAAGAAGUAGCCUGGUCAUUCAGAACUUCCUUAGAGAUCCUUCUUUGAGUCACUCCAGGUGUGAGGAACCUUUUUGUUGGGUUCCCCACCCCUCACAGGCCAAGUUAGACAGGUUGUCCCCAUGAGUUCUCCGGUGGAGGAUGUCCAUGAUCCUCUUUGCCUGCGUGGUGCGGGUGAGGGAUGGACUUCCACUCUCUGCCUCCACGGACUUCCACCUAGACCAGGACUUCUUGGAAUGCAGGAAGAGACUCAAGGCCUUGUCGUCCAUUCUGACACAGUAUCCAGAGCGUGGUACAGCCAAAGAACGUGACCUCAGUAUACACUUUCAUUCUUCUGGAGACGUUGCCUGCUUGGGCAUUUACAACAGCAGUUACCCAGCUGCCAUGGCGUUUCUCUUUCUGGAAGAGCUCCUGUGGGAAUUUGCCACUACCUACGAUGCCACCAGUGUGGGCCUGGCUUCCAGACCAUAUGCAUUCCUUGAAUUUGACAAUGUCAUUCAAAAAGUCAAAAGCCGCUUCAGUUGCACAAACUGUGCACAGACAAAGUUCAACUUGGAAAAAGUCCAAGAAGAGCUUCGCUUGCGGCCUCCUGCGCUGGUGAAGUUGGAAGAGGUGGAGCUGAGGAAUGGAAUGGUGAACGGCCAUGCAGAGCUGCAUGUGGAAUCUGCCCCUGCUUACAGAAUGCAACCUGUGUCUGCUUUGGGAAUCUUAUCUCUUGUUCUCAACAUCAUGUGUGGAGCGCUGAAUCUCAUUCGAGGCGUUCACCUUGCAGAAUAUUCGUUUCAGGAAGAUCACAAAGGAAUUGGAAAUGUAAUAGCAUUCCUCCUCCCCUUCGUCGCCUGCUUUCUGUUGUGCUACCUUUACCUGUUCUACAGUUCUGCCAGGAAGAUAAAAGUCUUUGUACUUUUCGUCAUAGUCUGUCUAUGCAACACCUACCUGCAUGGAUUAAGGAACAUCUGGCAGAUACUUUUCCACAUAGGAGCGGCGUCUCUUUCUUCCCAUCAGAUACUAACGCGACAAGUUGUGGAGAAACAGCCAGACUUUGGAGUCUGAAAACAAUCAUGGAAUGCCAGAUGUGUUUCCCCCCCCAAAAAAGAGUUUGAUUUGGGAAGGGGGUGUUCCACGCUGGUCAAAGCCAGCUUGCGUAACAUGGUGGGUUUUUCAACCCUGCGUCUCCCAAAAGAAGAGUUUUUUAGCAAAAAUCAGUCAUAGGUUUAUAGAAGCAAAAGGGAUCCCUGGUCCAACUGAAGUCUGGGUCCUCUGUGCACCAGUCCUUUACAGAUCAAUGCACAUAAGCCAGAGGAUGAUCUGAAUGUUCCCUCUGGCGUGCAGCAGAGCUAGAGGCCUCAGCUAGUCCUUCCUGUGCACUGCUCUGGACUCCUAGGAGAAGGGCAGGCUGCAGUUGUCAUCAACCGUAAAACAAAUAAUCCGCUGGAUAGUAUUCUGCAAAGCAUAGAGCAGGACAGCUCUAGACAGCCCCAGAGUAUCAAGCCAUAUCCCACUGGAGAAGAGAGAGAGCCUUAAGGUGAUGAUCACUGUGGCUUGCACACUGAAACGUCUGAAGUGGAAAUCCCCCAAACAAGUUCCAGUUGGUCAGAUAUCCAUUUGUAGUUGCAUCUGUGUGGUAGACCUUUUGACGCCUACAAGUUUUAAGACACAGGUGAAGUUAAUAGAACGGUUCAUCUUUUAUGGCAAAGAUGGAUUUCAAUGGUAGGCACUUUGCCAUGACUAUGCUAGGGUAGUAGCAACUGAUCUUAACAAAAGUUCAUGAAUGAGUCUGCAUGCCUUUAGAUCAAUAGUAAUGAAUGAGUUGUGGAUAAAUCCUUUGUUCCUAUAAGGAACAGGAGGAAAAGGCAAAAGACAGUAGCUCCUUGAAGAGGAAUGAAGGGUGUUGAUUGGUGGAGGCUAGUCCAUUUGGGCAAAGGAGGUGCUGUUCCACUAGUCUCACUCUGCUCUCAGCCAGCCCCCUCCUGCCUGCCUUCUUGCUUACAGCCGGUCCAGAGAGUGGCCAUGGCUGUCAGUUUCCUCCUUCCCUUGUAUAGCUCAGUAGGGAGGAGAAUGGGGACAAAACUAGAAUUAGUGUGUAGUGGUUAAGGUGUUGGACUACGACCUGGGGGACCAGGAUUCGAAUCCCCACACAGCCAUGAAGCUCACUGGGUGACCUUGGGCCAGUCACUGCCCCUCAGCCUCAGAGGAAGGCAAUGGUAACCCCCCUCUGAAUACCGCUUACCAUGAACACCCUAUUCAUGGGGUCGCCAUAAGUCGGAAUCGACUUGAAGGCAGUCCAUUGUUUGUCUGUCAUUGGCUCUGGUGCCACCUGCUCCUGGGCUCCUUGCUUUCCACCCUACUAGCUCCCAAAGGGCAGCAGCCACCACUGGUAUUGAUGUGGCUUGGGAAUCAUCGCUGGGGGGGGGGGAGUUCUUGCACAUCCCAUUCAGCAUUUUAGCCCUGACCUCUGUGUGUGUGUGUAUAAAAGGCAUUGAAUGUGCAACAGGGUGAAAGAGAGGUCCAUGCUGAACUCUUAAGCAAUACUUUCUGCACUUGGCAUCUGCCUUCUGCACAAAUGUGUCCACCGCCACAAGUUUGCAGAACAAAUGGGCGGAGGAACAAUAUCAAGUAUUGUCUUGUUGACGGGGAUCAGAUAUCACAGAUUAGCACCCCAUUUGCCCCCCAUGCAGAAGAAGUGAAAGGAUUAAUGGGGCAGCUGUUAAGUACCAUCCAGGGUACAUGUUGACUGCAAACAGCAAUGCUGGUUUAGGGUGGCAUACGGCAACCACUGCAUCCACUGAGAUUCUUAAGAAUCCCAGCUUUCACUUAAAGAAACAAAAAUGUUUCUAAUCCUUAGAGCUAGGGAAGCUGCGACUACGACAGUGAAAGUCUGACCAGGCUGUGAUGGAGGGGAAUGGGCUAGACUUCAGACUCAACUCUGUCUUCUGGUCUUGUGGCCCAUAACUUUUUUUCUUUUAAAAAAAUCACCCUUACUCGAUUGCACUGUUGAGAUUGCCUCUUAUGCAUACCAUUCCCUUCCAAAGUGGCAUCUGGUUGCUCUGUAAAUAAAUGAAUCAGAUUGGAUUGAUUAGAGCAAAAAUAACUUCAAAAUUGGCCCUUUGCCCUAACUUACCUUGCAUGAACAACUCAGCAGCCUACUUUGAUCUAAUGCCUUCAGAAGGCUCAUGCGUUUCCCUUUCCUGUGUGGUGCUUUUUGGCCAACCUGUAUUAGAGCCCAGAUUCGGGAAAAUGCCUCCCCUGCCAUACUUUGGUGGCCUUUUAUUUCUUCCCGAUCUUCUCCCUUCCUCACCCCUUUAAAUUCUUCUUUGGCUGCUUUUUGUCUGUAAGAGAAGUGCGGCUUCCUGGGUGGCCUUUAAAGGGUGUGUGUGUUUCAUGCCUUCCAGGACACUUUCAUAAGUUAUGUGGAAGUGCUGAAACAGGACUGAAUGCUCUUGUCUUUUUUGGAGUACAGUAGGGCCCCGCUUUUCAGCGGCCAGCUAAUACGGUGGCUUUCAAUUAGAGCAAGGCCCUACUCAUACGGCACUUGUUCCACUUUUACUGCGUUUUUCGGGUGUUGGGGGCCAUUUUAUUGACGGAGUUCCGCUUUACUGCGGGUUUUGCUUUUAGUUGGGGUCUGGAACAUAACCCGCCGUAUGAGUGGGGCCCUACUGUAAUAUGCAAAAGGAGAGCUGUGGAGCUCCUUGGCGGUGGGAACUGAUUACAAUUGGAGACAUUCUUCUCUGUUUGACUCUGGGCUCAAGUAUAAUGUCUCCCCCAGAGCAAUGCCCAGAACAGUUGGCAAGGCCCCUGGGACUCCCCAGUUAUGAUUGGUUCCCAGGUUUCCCACACACCCCAGAUUCAGUUAUUCAGGGCUCGUGGAUGGGGUGGUGCUUCUGGGUAGCAGUGAUGUUUCUGGGGUUCGCUCCAUACUCCCCAGCUGUAGCAUGGGCUAUUUGAGAGAAUCCCCACACAUCCAUCUCCUCUGGGUAUGAUGCUGUUCACGUUUAGGGAGAAUCAGUGCAGCAUUCCUGCUCUGAUAGAUGCAUGGAGUAGUGGAUGCAUCCAACAUGGUGACAUAAUUUUUUUCCAGGGUGCCCUUCAACUUCUCUCACAGCACGCAGUUUGGGAAGCACUGCUGUGACUCUGCAGAAAGCAUGAGAGUGGCGCCUACUGACAGCUAGCUAAUUCACCCUGAAGCGAAUUUGAAUGGGCAGAAGUCCCAUAUUUAGAAAAGUUCUGUCUCCAAACGAGUUAACCAGCCAUAAUGCUAACACUGGCGUGGGUGCAGUGGUGAGGACUUUGUGGCACACUUGGGCAGAACAGGAAGGUUUGUGAGGCAUAGAGUUGUCCCUACACUCUAGCCUGCCUCUCCUUUACCACUUUGUUUCCUUUGGUAAGUUGAACGGGAGGCGGCACUGCCCCAAGGCACUGCAUGGCUGCAUUGCUUGCUGGAGCCUCUGGUCUAGGCUGCCCUUGUUUGAACUGCAGUUGGGGGCUCACAUCUUCCUCAGUACGAAAUAAAUAAGAAAUCCCUUUAUGUAGAAAGUAGGUGUCAAGAAAGCAUCUUGCCUAGCCUCCCUGCUCUGCUAGUUUUCUGUGGGCAGAGAAUUUUCUGUAAGGAGGAACACGCAAGCUCUUCCUUGCAAUCCAGGCACAGGUUUAGACUUGACUUGUGGCACAUCUGGCAAAAAUAUUUCUCCUCCCUCCCAGCCUGUCAACUGUUGUGUAACCUUUCUCAACUCUUAAAAGAAUAUGCGGUUAUUAUUAAUAAAAGCUCUUGCCCUGUAACUGAGAAUAGAGCAGGUUCUCUCUCACUUGCUUCCUAAUAUCUUUAUUGCAGCUCAUUGGAUUUAUUUAAGAUAUGUGAUCGGCGUUUAAUUUAAGAGCAUGCACUUUUGAAAGUAGUAACUAGGGCCUGUGCUUCUCUCAGCCUCUGCUGCAUUGUAUAUUCCGGUAUUUAACGUGUGGAAAUAUUAUGCCAGCAUUUACACCAUUUGUGAACCCUUUUGAUAACUUUUGGAACAAGUUUAUUAUGUGUAAAGUUCUGAUGCAGUUUUUCCUUGGCAAUCUGUCAGAUGUUUUACAGGAUACUCUCUUAACCUGCGAUUGGAGGUAGAAUCAUGUGCUGGAUUGCAUUGCCACUGAGCAAACCAAUCCCACAGCCACCCUGGUUGCAUGUUCUGCAGGAUCGGUCCCCUACUCAGGGUGUUUAUUUUCUCUCUUGGCUAUAAGAGAGAGAAAUAUGGAUGGAGAAUUAACUUCCUUAGUCUGCAGGCAGCCUGAAAUGAGAACUGAAGAACUGAAUAAUUCUCUAAAAUCUGCUGGUACCUCAUACUGAGACUUCAUUGCUUAUUUAAUAGCUAGCAUCCACCACACAAAACCAGCUCCUACCAUCCCCCCCCUCACAUAUUGAGUACUAAAAUCACUACCUCUCCUCUGCCUGUUUUUCAAAAUACAUCCCGUUCCCCUAAUUUUAGCAUCUGAUUGAUACACACUGGAUUUGUGUUUUUUUAAAAAGGAUGGUAUUUAAAGUUUAGCCUGUGAUCCUCAGCAUGCUUGGGGAUUAUCCAACAAGUCCGAAAAAUUACUUGGUAGAGUCUGCCUGGGAGUGUACCAUUCGGCAUGCGAAUGUGGGGUUUGUACAAACUCCCUUCAAAAAGAAAACUAGCAUGUCAAAAAGUCUCCCUGAUGUGAUAGCUUUUUAGAAGCGGGCAUUUUUUCCACUGGUGGAGCAUUGCUAUGUGCAAUUGUUUCCUUCUCACACUUUUUAAAUAAUUUGUACCUGAAAGUGUCACUGAAGCUAAUAGGACUUCUUUUCAAGGCUAUGUGUUUGGUGUUCAGUUUUUGGUUUUUUUUUUUGCCAGUCCCCUAUUCAAGUCUCCACAAGCCAACAUGGCAAUAGGCUCAAAGGAUCAAACACAAGAAGAAAGCCCAGGGCUCCAUCCUUUUGACCGUGCUUGCCAUUCUUUAGUUUGGUACUUGGGGGGCUUUCAGGAUGAAAUUCUCGGUACAGAAAAAAGUCCCUGCUCAUGGAAAGCUAGCAUGUCAAGGAGAAGGCUAGACUAGAAUCGUUCCUGACAACUUCCAAGGGGGGAGGGGGUUCUUCUAUUCAAUGACAUGUUUUAUCAUGUGAACCCCCAACCUACAGUCUGAAGUGGUAAAACCCAGAUGUUGGCAUUUAUCUCCUUACUGAACACUAGGUCUUUACAGCAGGGCUUGGAACAAUUUGGCUCAGCUGCUGCUGUGCCAUCACUAUCUCUGUCAACAUACAGCAAGAUGUAUCCAGCUAAAUUUUAGUCUAAGUAGAUCCAUUGAAAUUAAUGGAUCUAAGUUAGCCACUUCCAUUAAUUUCACAGGGCGCGACUAGCAUUGGAUACAACCCAAUUGAACAAGUCAAUCACAAAAACAAAUAAAAACCAAAUUGUUAGGGUAACUUUGUUCACUCUGAAGAGGGGCAGAGUUUAGGGUAUAUUGUGAAGGGGACACGCUGUAGGAUGGCCUGGGCUUCAGUGCGGCUUUAGUAUCCAUUUCCACUUACUCAUUCAACAUGCCAGUGUUGGCUUUCCUUCUGAAUAAAAGCCAACAGAUGCCGAAUUUUAAAUUUGUUUGCUCCUUAAAGUCACCCAAGAGAUUAGGAACUAAAAAGCUCUCGCCCCUUUUUAUUUUUAAACCAAAGACAUUUCUCAAACUUUUUUUUGUGGAAAAGAGGUAAUCAUUUUUUUCUGAUGUUUUUUGCACUGUAAUCUUGUGUCAAUGUCAAAAGUCAUUUUUGCAUGAGUGUAUAUAUGUAUAUAAAUUAAUGGACAAUUAUGAGUCAACGAAUAA